AUGUUGAACUUGACAUUCCGCUUCGUCGAUUUGCACAUGAACGUAACCGACAUCGAUAGCGAUAUACAAGAUAUACAAGAUAUACGCAAAGUGAAGGCAUACGUUGCGACGCGACCUUGGAGCCCGGAUCAGGGCAAGACGCGGGAGAUGACCAAGCUCUGCAACCAUAAGAGGAAACUUCUGCUGCCGGCUGCAGCCGCCAGUCCUGUUGCGUCCUGUACGCCGGCGGUCUCGUCGUCGACUUUAUCUUCUGGCCCGACAACGGCCUCGAUUCACGCGAACGCCGACUCGCCCACGUCGCCGGAUAAAGCCAGAAAAGAUGGUCUCAGCAAGAAGAAGAAGAGGAAACUAGGAGGCAUAGGCGGCAUUUAUUCCGGCGUCUCGGUUUCGCAACUUCUGGCACAACGGGAGAGAGCUAUUGCCGCAGUUGCGGCAUCUGGAGUUCAAGGUUCACCGGUGCCUAAUGGAUCGCAGGUAUGGCCAAUCGCGAUCCCAAAUCUGCAAGUCCAACAAAACGGACAACAAAUCUGUCAUCAGUCUUUAAGUUCGCCUUCCCAGAAUCAUGACGUGAGCAGUUGUGCUAGAAAUCCUCAACAGAGGUUAAAUCAACAUAAUAUGUCAGGCAUGUUGAUGAGCAACCCGUUGAUUAUGAAUCAGCAGGGUACAAAUUUUAAUAAUAUGACUCAACAGCAGCAACAGCUCUUACAGCAGCAACAUCAACAACUUAUACUACAACAGCAGCAGCAGCAGCAACAACAGCAACAACAGCAACAGCUCAUUCAGCAGCAUAUAUCGCAGCAACAGCAACAAUCGCAGCAGUUGUUGCCGCAUCAGCAGCAGUUACAACAUAUGCAAAUUUUACAACAAGAACAACAGCAGCAGCAGAGCACCGUAGUAAAUCAAUUAGCGCAACAGCAGGCUCCUCACUAUAUUAAUCAAUUAAAUCAGCAGUCGUUACAUGUAAUGCAACAACAGCAACAGCAUUUAAAUCAACAGCAACAGCAGCAGCAACAACAGCAACAAAUGCAUUUGCAGCAAAUUCAAAAGCACAAUAUGCAACAGCAGCAGCAUUUAGCUCAGGAAGUGGAUCAACAACAAUCGGCAAAUUACAAUACUCAACAUUCUGUUGAGAAUUAUGCGCAUCACAUGCAGCCGUCACAAAUAUCGAAUCAAACCGUCCUUCAUCCACAAUUGCAUCAACUUCAUCAACAUCAAAUGCAACCACAGCAGUCGCAACAGAAUCAACACGCUAUGCAAUCUCAGUCGACGGAUCCCUUCCAGAUGCAAAUUCAGCAGCAGCUACAACAGCAGCAGCAGCAACAACAACAACAACAACAACAGCAUCAGCAACAAAUGUCGCAAGUGUGCAUCCAGCCGCAAUAUUCAAAUCAACAAUUGAAUCAUCACUCCGUAGACAUUAUGCAACAGCAAACAGGUUCUGCUGUCAUGAGCAAUAUCAACACUAUCGACCUUCAAAAUAGACAUAAUCGAACAUCGUCACGACACCAUGUAGUUCAAACUGGCGGUUUACCUAAUAAUCCUCACGAGAAUGUUCAGCGGAUGUAUGCUCAGAAUCAAGUACAAUAUCCGGCACGGAAUUUUGAUUCUUCGAAAGGAACGAAUACGGAUGCCAAGAUGGGACAUCAACAACAGUUUCUGUCCAAUCAUACAGGACGAAGCCCGAACGCCAGUCACACCGUUGAGGUGCAGCAAUCUGGUAUGGGACCAAACGGGCAGUCCGGCAAUAUGCAUUUCAACAAUAGAACACCGCCGUGGCAACAAAAUCGCGCUGCGGUUGCAUCCCAUCAACCGUCCGUUGUCACGGUUCAGAAUGUUACCUGUAAUUCGUUUGACCGUGUACCACCACUUCAUCAUCACAUUCCACAGCCUUCCAAUUGGACGGACGAGGCUGCACGGAAAAAGGCAAAGUCGAGUAAAAUAAUAGUGAAGAAACAGCGACAGCAUGGUGUCGCGGAAUUAUCGAGAACGAAUAACGGAUUAGAACACUCGACACCGAGUCCAGUAGAUGAAUUCAGUGAGAACAAUCAGCAAAAUAACGGUCAGAUAGGUUCGACAUUCAAUAGCAGCGGCCCUUCGUUCCUAGAGGAUCCCAGCGGAUACCUCGCUCAGCAAACGGCGUUGUUAAACAGCACAAUAUCACGACAGACCGGUGUCAGUAGUUCCCAAGUGGGCAUAUUGAACAAUAACUCAAAAGCAUUAUCUCAGACCAGUCAUGGUAUGCAUAUGUCUAAUACUUAUAUUCCUCAACCAAAGCCUUCCUGUAUCGCCAGUCCCACGAGUAGUACCUCGUCAUUCGCUUCCGUAAAAAAUCACGCAACUUCACCGGUUGUUGUACACAGUAGUAUGACACCGACAUCAAGCAGUGGCACGGAUUCUGAGAGCAGUCCAUGUCAAGGCUGUGUUACCAGUGCCGACACACAAUCCUACAUUCAAGAUCAAUAUAAGCAGCAAAUGCAACGACAGUACCUGAUGCAUACGGAUCAGCGUGAAGAUCCUGUUACUUCGUCGACGUUCGGCGAGCGAUAUCAAACAAAUAAUCAACCACAAGCUGAUUCCAGACCGAUACAAGGUGGUACCGUGAGCACCAGUCAUGGAUCUCCUAUCGGCACGAAUAGUCCGGCUAAUUCGGAUACACCAGCAGCUUCGACACCUGGAAUUUCGCAGCCGGCAACCCCGCAGAGUCUUAUCUCGUCGCAACCAGCGACACCACAUAGUUAUUCGCAACCGCCGACACCUCAUUCUCAUGUCUCGGGCCAAAUGCCAUCACAGACACUAACUCCACAAGCGCAACAGCAGUUAUCGCAAUCUUUGAUCGGCAGCAUUCAAGAACAAAGAUCAGAAACUCCAAGUUCUGGUACAAUGAGUUCCAGUGGUAUUCCACCUAGCACGUCGCCAUCACAGAUGUCCUCUUCUACAUCAGAUAAUUUAACAUCACAAGUGAAACGGCAAAUAACUAGGCAAAAUUCUCUAGAUGGCUAUCAACCUCAUCCACACACCGUCAAUGCGGUCUCCAGGAUACCUAUAAAUACCUUUAGUGGAACAUCAUCCGUGAUAACAACUAUGGCAAGUGGUCAUACAGUUAGCAGUAAUACGAUUACGUCUGUGUUAGCUGGAAGAGCAAACACGGCCACUGUUUCCAUAAACACACCAUCUGCGAUACCGAAUCCCGCUAUACCCAGUCUUCUACCGAAUAAGAUACAGCAUCAGGUACAAUCUACGGCGUUGACAAAUAUGCCGGGUACUUCAGUCACGACUCACUCCUCUAUUCCACUUAGUCAAUCUUCGACGAUGAGCGUGUCUAAAUCACCCCUUGAAAUGGUUCAGAGCGUUGUUAGUAGUAUACAAGUACCUCAGACGAGCAUAAAUUCGUUGCAGCCUCAAACGCAGCAGCAACAGCAACAUCAGCAGCAACAACAACAUCAACCACAACAACAGCAACAUCCUCAAGCUAAUGUUCAAGUUCAUAACGUCCUCACUUCAGGUGGUAUAUUGAAACAUCCUGCUGGAUCGACGCUACCACCUGGUCAUAUAUUGGUAUCCAGCGGUGGUCAACUCAUAAUGGCGAGUACUGGGUCGACUAUCAAUGGCGUGAUGGCGCCUCCUCCACCGAAAAUCAUUUCUAAUGCUAAUUCUAUGCCACCGCUGUCAGUGUCGCCGAUGGUUACCAGCGUGACUGGAGCUGUCAGUCAAGUAAUCCCCGCAGUGGGUGUAGCUCAGCAAGUGAUAGGGCAACCCACGGUGCUCGUGAAUACUAUUCAGACUCCAGUGUUGAUUCAACCUAGCGUAAUGACGAUGGACAGUAUAGGCCAAAACGUGCAGAUACCACAUCUGACGGUUGCUACCGGUAACGUCAUACAAAACACCCAGUCGAUUAUUGACGCUAAUCAGGACGUGUCUAGAACGGUCGGUGCCAAUCAAGGCAUGACGGUAAAUCGACAACCAGCGCUAUUAUCGCCGGAAUCAACGAUGACCAAGAAAAAGGCGUAUAAGAAACGAAAAGCGAAUCCACAAACCGUGGCGUCGAUGCUACACAUCGCUUCGUCCCAGCAGAACGCUGGUAUGUUGAUGCAGUCGCAAUCAAAUUUCGCCCAGCAAAACUUUCAGACUCAGAGCAUAGGCGGACCCAUGCUCCAGGCGCUAACUAUUGUACCUGGUAAAGGUGGGGCACCAGCGCAACUUGUAAUGAAUGGUCAAACCGGCGCAGCAUCCGCGCAAUUCAACGCUCAACAAAUAAUCACGAAUCCUCAACCAACUCAGCAAAUAAAUCUUCUUCAACCGGUAAACUUAUUAAAUGGUGCGGCCGGGAUGGUUCAGAAUUUUCCCACUAUUCAGCAGUUUAUCGUGCCUGGUUUGGGUAGCAUGGUAAUGUCUGCGGAUGGAACAGCCACGUUAUUACAAGAUACGGGUAAUAUUGGGAUGCAGUUUCAGAUACAGAACGUCAAUGGCCAGAACGUAUUGACGCCGGUACAAAGCCAUAGUGGUAUAUUCAAUCCGAGUCAAAGCAUAUUAGCCGCUGGUCCAGCCGGUAUGGUCAUAAGAGCGCCGCAAGCUACUGGUGGAAAGUUAAUUCAACAACACAGCCCAGGAGCGCAGUUUCUUUCGCCGAAUAGUGGCCAGUUCCUAGUGAACGGUACAACAUCCUUCGGGAAUCAACUGAGCCCGAUAGUUGCCAAUGUUAGUCCGAAUCAGCAAGUGACAUUUAACGCCUCGCAAAACACGACGAUCGUACAGCAACAGACGACCAUGGUCUCGAACAAUCAGAUACCAAAUUUUCAAAGCGCAGCUUCUAAUGGCGGACAAACUGUCGAUCCUUCUUUAAAUCUCGAUAAUCAGUCGUAUAUUCUGAGUUCCGGUAUGAUUCAGGGUAAAGCGGCGUCAUCUUCUCCGAAGAGCGGCGUAAAUUCGCCAUCAUCCGAUCAAAAUGUCGAACAACAACAAUAUGUGCUCGCUAGUAGUAGCACAACUGUCGUGGAAAAAACGGCUCAACCAAACGAACAGCACAGCCCGUUGAUGGCGAGGCAUUCUGUAUCGACGCAAACCGCAGGGAACCAAACGAACGUGGCGCAAUCAACGAUGAUGCGACAAGGAUCUCCUCCCGAUACAACCACUCAUAGUCCAGGAAACAGUCAGAGAUCUAAUAGUCCGGCUGUGGACACUACUACACACGGUGCAGCAUCGCCAGCGCCUCCAAUUACCGCUAGACAUCAUUCAUCGUCUACGCCUAUGGUUCAUUGCGUAUCAAGCAGCGAACCGGACUCAGGCGACACACAGGUGGCGUCGGAGGAUUGGAGAAUGCAGGGUAUCGCCACCAAGGAAAUUACGUUAAACCAACCGAGUUUGCACGGAAAGACCUACGUAGAGUCGACGGUGACAACUGGGAUCCAGGUUGGUACCCACGUAGAGCAGGUCAACCGUCAUCUAACUGUAAUAGACAUGCACCAGCCGGCUGAUACGACACACCCAGAAAACACAUACGCUGAUUCACAGGAGCAUAUGGACACUUCAUCACCAAAUCAUUCCAUUAAUUCAGACACAAUGGACCACUCUACUGUGGAAGAUCAACUAAACGUCAGUAAAGAAAUGACGGAUGUUUCCUAUUCGGAGAUCGAGGUCAAUCCGUUACCAAUUAUAGGUCACGGUCAUUACCAGCCAAUCCUUUAUCAUGGCCAGCAUUAUGUCCCUAAUGCGAAUGUUUAUCGACAGCAAGCCUUAGUGCCAGAUCAUGCUCAUUACACUAUGUUACCGCAAAUUAACGGCAAGUUCGACGACAAAUCGUGUGUCGAUAGUAGUCGUGUUGGUACUCAAGUCGUGCAACAUGUCAUGGAGCAAGACGAGAUCGAGCAAAAUUCCGAAGAGAAAUUAUUGGAACGAUCAAAUACCGGCGUUUCUUAUUGUUCGCAGAAUGUUGGCUAUUCGCAAAAAUUCGUUGGCAUCGGGUCAUCCGGCUUAUAUCCACACUUGUAUAAUUAUAGGUCUGACCCUAAUGGUAUUGCUGUUGUUAAUUACACACCCAAUAAGCAAGCCUACAUUAAUCCAUAUGUUUACAAUCAAUUCAUAUAUGCGCAAGAAGGCGAUGAUGCUGAGGAGAGUGACUCGUCGUCAGAUGAAUAG